CGCGUACGCGCACACAUGUAUAUAAACAGGGAAGAGCGUGGAGGAGAGUCGUGGAGUAUUAGAGGCAAGCCGGGCGCGGGUGCGUCAUCGUAGCGGCUCUCUGUCUCUCUUUCUCUCUCUCACGCAGUCAGUAGCGAGAGUCGUCGUCUCUUAAAGGUGCACGAGCUCCGUAUUUACUACUACUCGCUUGGCGGUGGCUGCGGCAGUUAUUAGAGAGACGGCGGCGGCGGCGGCUCAUUAUACAUAUAUAGCCGCGCGCAAAUCGGCGGAUAUACACCUAUAUACAUGUGACGACGACGACCUACCUAUAUACACCUAUACACUUAUGCAGUGUGUGUCAGUGCAGUGCGCCGCGCUAUACAUAUAUUUGCAGCAGCAGCAGCAGCACGUGUGGCGGAGCCGGGAUCGUCGCGCGACAACAACUACUCCGACGAGUCGAGCCGCGGAGGCCAGCCGCGAAGGAUCAAUUACAAAACAUCCGUGCGCUGCUGCAGCCGACGAGACGUGUCUUCGUGUACUACUAUAGCAACAGCAACAAGUCGAUAAUCGCGUCGCGCGACUCGUAGUACGUAGUACACGCUCCGAGUGCAAUAUAUAUAGAAGCUGCUGCGUGAAUAAGAGAGAGAGCAUCGUCCUGGACACAACAGCAGCAGCAGCAGCAGAAUGGCAGAGCUCGACGAUCCGAAUUACGACGGCCUCAGGACCUUCGACUGGUUGGCCAAGCUCGUUGGCUUACCCAUCGACCAGCUAAAUUUUCUAAUAACCCAGUUCACGGCAUUGGGAUUGGCUGGAUUACUGAGGUCAAAGUUAAGCCCUACCGUUGUGACGCCAGCCGUUCGACAUAUCUUCGGACUGGUCAUCGGUCUCACUCUCGGUUACUUUUGCUUUGGCCGACACGCAAUCCAUCUGGCGGGGCUUCCUGCGGUUACCUAUGUGGUAAUACGCUCAUGGGAUCCUCAAUCGAUGCAAAGAGUGGUUCUAGCUGUUGCCAUGUUAUACCUGUCGGCCAUUCAUUUUCAUAGACAGGCAUACGACUAUGGCUCUUCUGCGCUGGAUAUUACCGGUCCACUCAUGGUCAUUACGCAAAAAGUUACGAGUUUGGCGUACAGCUUGCACGACGGAUUGGCGCGCAAAGAGGACGAAUUGACGCCUGCGCAACGUUAUCACGCCAUGCAGAAAAUGCCAACCUUUAUUGAGUACUUCAGCUAUGUUUUGCAUUUUCAAGCUCUCAUGGCGGGUCCCAUCAUAUUUUACCGCGAUUACAUUAACUAUGUAAACGGGUACGGUCACACUUUGACAGGGAACGAAGAAUCAAAGGGAAAUGGAUAUAAAAUAGUUAGAGAUCCAUCGCCAACUCAAGCUGUUGUCAAAAAAGUUGCUGCAAGUUUAGCGUGUGCCUUUAUUUUUGUCACUUUUAUACCUUACUACCCAAUACGCAGAUUGAAAGAGGAGGAGUUUCUUCAGAGCACUAACUUCUUACAAAAAUAUUGGUACCUGAUUAUAUCUACAAUGUUAGUUCGUUUUAAGUAUUACCACGCAUGGCUUUUUGCCGAUGCCAUUUGUAAUAAUUCUGGUCUGGGCUUCAACGGCUUCGAUGAAAAUGGUUCAGCUCGCUGGGAUCUCCUGUCGAAUGUUGACGUUUGGAAAUUCGAGACCGCCCUGAGCCUGCACGACAGCAUCGAAGCCUGGAACAAGGGCACAAAUCGUUGGUUAAGGAUGAUAGUUUACGACAGAGUUACCAAGUACCGAACGGUACUCACCUAUGGCCUUUCAGCUGUUUGGCAUGGAUUUUAUCCAGGCUACUAUCUGACGUUCGCGAGCGGUGCCUUCUUUACCUUCGUCGCUAGAACCGUGCGCCGACACAUUAGACCUUACUUCGUUUCCUCCAAGAGUAAAAAAGUAUUUUAUGACAUUCUUACCUUGGUAACGACUAGACUCGUGCUGGCGUAUAUCACGUUCAGCUUCAUACUGCUCGAGUUCGCACCAAGCAUCACAUUGUACCUGAAUAUGUAUCUCGCGCCGCAUGUAUUUGGGCUUUCGGCAGUCCUUGUUUUGCCUCUGGUCCCAAGGACGCGCGAACUCGGUGGUGGCUCAAAAAUGAAGCCGGAAAGACCCAGCAGCAGCUCGUCCAGCAGGAAUGGGAGAUCUGCUGUUGUUAACCACCGCGAUCAUCAUCACAAUCAUCAUCACGGACACGUGCACAAAGGCAAAUAAGCGUGUGUUCUUCCACGCGCGAUCGUAGUAUAGAGCGUUUGGGAGAGAAAAAAAAGAAAAGAAAAAAGAGAGAGAGAGAAAAGAACAAAAAUAAAUACACACACGAGAAGGAGAGAACGA